AUGUUGUUUUCAAUAACCUUAACUGCUCUUGCGGGUGCUGUAGUAAUCUCAGCUUCUGUCAUCUUAUUAAUAUCCGAAAAACACUUUAAAAUUAAAAAACAGGAAAAUCAAAAAACAAGUGAAAAUAUGGAUCAAUAUGUGGAAGCAAAUAAUGAACAAAUUGAUUCACAUUCACAACAUCAAAUAUUCCAACAAAAUAAAAAUUUUGUAAGUUCACCAUUUACAAUCAAAGAAAAACAACAAAAGCGACAUUCGGUAAUCUCAAAACAACAUGCAAGAUUAGAGAGCAUUAUCGAAGAAACGGACAAUGAAAUAGAUAAUGAAGAAUCAAAUAAUGGGAAUGUUGCUCAUCGACUUAUAAAUUCUCCAUUGGUACCCAAAGGAAGACAAAAAAAGCUGGAUAAGAUCUCGAAAAGAUAUACCAGCUUGGAAAGUAUUAUGGAAGAAGCAGAUGAAGAAUAA